AUGAUUCUCACAAUUGCUGUCUGCUGGAUUCCCCAUUGGAGAGUGUCUAUUGUAGUAGAAAGUGAUGGCUAUGGCAAGCGUCUCGAUGGACAUUGGAUAAGUCGUUGGGAUGGGCUAUGGGUAACCUGCGUGAGGCAAAGCAACUAUCCAAUGUCUUGUCAAUCCUAUUCUGCAUCCAUUGGUCUGACUCCAGACCUGAAGCUUUCCAGAGUGCUUAUGGCCUUUGCAGUGCUGGCAGCAGUUACUGGAUUUUUGAAUGGUCUUAUUGGCAUGCUGUUGAACAAGUGCUGCAGGAAGAACCUAGACAUCCGUCGCUGCCUGCUACUUUUGACUGGUAUCAGCUACAUCAUUGCUGGAAUUCUCGUUCUAAUACCCGUGACACUCGUAGCCGUCAACGUCAUGAAAGCCGUUUGCUUUUCCUAUUGUGAAAGUGUCCAGCAGCAAGAAAUUGGUGAGGCCGUCAUGCUCGGAUGGCCAACUGCCCUGCUCUUCUUCAUUGGAGGAUCCAUAUUUUGCUGGUACUACCCUUGUCAGUGCAGAAAUGGGAGGUGCAUCCCUCCAUCAGAGUGCCAGCUACAACCUCACCCUUGUCCAGAGGAGAAACCUCUAGCAACAGAACUCUGUGUCUUUAAAAUUCAUUCCAGGAACAAUGAAGAUCUAAGAAUAUAG